AAGAAAGUAGGCAAACAUAAACAAAUAAAUAAAAUUUGAAAUCGAUUCAAUAUAAUUUUUAUUAUACUAAACCUUAUAAAAUUUAAUAAUAAUAAUAAAUAUAAAAGACAUGCAUUUUAUUAAAAGGUUCCCUAUUUCACCCAGUAUUUAUUUAUUUAGUAAUUAAGAAAGAAUUGUUGUGGGGAAAAUAUAAAUAGAAAGUCCUUGCAUUAACUUAAUAAGUAGAAAAAACUAUAAAUUAACAAUCAUUAAAGCUUUCUAAAAGAAAAAAAAUAAAAACUUUAGUAAUUCUUAAAAGACAAAAAGAAUAAGAAAACCAGCUAAAUAAAGGAGAGAAUAAACAUAUAAUUAACUAGAAGCAGUUCAGCCAAUUAGAUUGAGAGAUAGUAUUAUAGUUUGAUAGAUUAUAUUUAAAUGGGAAACAUAAAUUGUGCUACUUGUACUUGCGAUCCAAAUAAAGGAUAGCCAGAUACAGAAUACAUAACAAUACCUAAUGGUAAAACAGAUCAUCAUCAAAAUUAGAGUAGAAUAACUUCCGCUUAGGAUGCAGGACAAUCUUCUGAAAAGAUUAAUUAAAAGGUUUAUAAUGCAAAAAGCUAAAAUGGUGAGUCAAAUAAAAAUGAAUACGACUCUUAGCCAUACCAGCCACAAAGAUCUUUAAAAGAUUAAAUAAAUGCAAAUGGUUAAACAGCAAGCGGAUCUGUUAAAAAGUCUCUACAUGAGGAUAAUUAGCCAACUGAUUCUUAAAUUGAUCUUGUUAAUUCAACUAUUGGAAAGAACAAGAGAAUCAAAUUAGAAGUUAUUAAUAUGAAAAAUGGAGGUAAAUAUGAAGGUGAAUGGAAAGAAGGUAUGCGUGAUGGCAAAGGAAAGCAUACUUGGCCAGAUGGCAGCUACUACGAUGGAGAAUGGCUAUAAGAUAAGGCCCAUGGAUUUGGUAAAUUGGUCCAUGUUGAUGGUGAUAUUUAUGAAGGUGAAUGGAAAAAUGAUAUGGCUAAUGGUAAAGGUAUUUAUCUUCACAGUGGCGGCGCUAAAUAUGAGGGAGAAUGGAAAGAUGAUUUAUAAAAUGGACAUGGUAUAGAAACUUGGCCAGAUAAUGCUCGCUAUGAAGGAAGCUACUUAAAUGGUAAAAAAAAUGGUAGUGGAACUCUUUUGUUUGCAGAUAAGAGCAAAUAUAUUGGAGAAUUCUUAGAUAAUGAAAUUUCUGGUUACGGAGAAUAUUAUUGGUAGGAUGGAAAAAUAUAUAAAGGUUAAUGGAGAAAUAAUAAAAUGAAUGGAAAAGGAGAGACCAUAUGGGUUGAUAAAAAGAGGUAUGUAGGAGAAUACUUGGAUGAUAAAAAGCAUGGUUUUGGUGUAUUUGAAUGGGGAAAUGGUAAGAAAUACGAAGGCGAGUGGCUCAACGGAAAAUAACAUGGAAAAGGUGCUAUUAUUUUGCCCACAAACGAAAGGAAAGAAGGUAUUUGGGAAGAUGGUAAGCGUAUUAAAUGGAUUACCGAAGAAUGAAAGCAAAUGCCUCGAAUUUUUAAAACUUACUACCUUCUUUUAAUAAAUACAAAUUAGACAGAUAUAUUAAUAAGCAUUUUUAACAACUCUCAAUAAAAUUUAAAAAAUUACAAGUAUACUGGUAAAUUAUAGUAAAAUCAAAUAAAACAAACAAUCUUUUAAUUUAAGAUGUUUAAAGUUAUCAAAGCUUUAGAAAAACAAAAUUAAGCACACUCACAAGCAAACACAAACAUUAAAUAAAUAAAAAAUGAAUGUUUAAUAAAGCAAUAUAAAUAAAUAUAAAAUGAUAAAUUAUGUAUUAUGUAAACUUGAUGUAUUAGCAGGUGAGAAAAAUAAAUAAAUAAAUCAUUCAGUCAAUCAAACAAUCAAAAAAUUAUAAUUGUAAAUUACUCUUAUUUGAAUAAAUUAAAUUAUAUAAAUAAAUAAAUCAAUACUUCCUUCCAAAAGCAAAAUAUAUCAAAAAAAGAAUCAAUCUAUGAAUAUCUAAGAAUAUAGCUAGCUAACUACUUGAGUAAUCAGUUAGUUAGUCAUAAUAAAAUAUAAAAACUCAAUUACCUGCUUAUAUUUAAUAAUUUUUACAGAUUAUAAAACAACUUUCAGUAAGUUAUCUAAUAUAUUCAUCUAUCUAUUUAUCUACCUGUAAAUUUACAUUUUCUUAUUUCUUAGUAUUUCCGAAAUAUUAUGACUUCAAUUAAAUUUUC